AUGACCCGUCGAAACGUCAUUCCUGUCCUCGCGCUAAUCCUCACGCUAUUCGUAAUCGCAUUCUUGUACUCAGGCAUUGACACCAGUCAAGCAUGGCGGGGCAUACCACAACAUGUUGGUUUGGGAGAGCACUUUGGGACUGAUGAGCAGCCACCCUCCAGUACCGGCGGCGCCGAGCCGUCCAAAGACACGAUCCAAGACCCAGACUAUGCGAACUGGAACCCGAGACCCGUGUUCAAGCCAGGCUCGCCAAUGCCGCCAGAGCACAACUUUACCUCGACACUGAUAAUUGCGAAGACGAAGCAUGAGAAUGUCAAUUGGAUACUGGAGAAGAUGCCAGAGCAGCAGACAGCCGUCUAUGUCGCCGAUGAUCCUUCCGCGCCGCUGCAUCCGCCCAAGAACAAGGGACACGAAGUCAUGGUGUAUCUUUCGUGGAUCAUCGACAAUUACGACAAUCUCCCCGACGUCGCUAUCUUUAUGCACGCCCAUCAAUUGUCCUGGCACAACGACGAAAUUCUGGGCAACGAUGCGCAUCUCCUCAUAACCCGACUGAAUCGACACCGCGUUUGGAGGGAAGGCUUCGUGAACAUGAGAUGCAGUUGGCAUCCUGGCUGUCCCGAUUGGAUGCACCCUGGAAACACCGAACAGGAUGCUCAGAAGCAGGAAGAGGUGCUCCUAGCGAAAUCGUGGAGCGAGCUUUUCCCUCUCGACGAAGUACCUACCGUCCUUGCGCAACCCUGCUGUGCGCAGUUUGCCCUCUCGCGGGAACGUAUACAAGCGAAGCCGUACGCGCAAUACGUCUGGUAUAGAGAUUGGCUAUUCAACACGCGACUCCCCGAUCGCCUGAGCGGACGAAUCUGGGAGUACGUGUGGCAGUUUGUCUUCACAGGUCAGAACAUAUUUUGCCCCAAAGAACACAUAUGUUUCUGCGACCAGUAUGGAUCUUGUUUUGGCGGCGAAGAAGCAUACGAAAAUUUCAUGGCGCUCAAGAACGAACUCAGCGAUCGGGAGAGGGAUCUCAGGCAGUGGGAGGAGAAACGGAAGGAGAUAGAAGAGGCACAGAAGAACGGCGACCAGGCAAAGUUGCAGGAGUUGACAAUCCCCGAGCCAGGGAAAGAUGACGAGUUCAGAAGAGAGAUUGAUCGGUUGAGGCCAAUUGUGGACAGCCUAAAACACGAUGCAGAAAUUCGGGGACGAGACCCACACAAUCGAGCGUUGGAAGCUGGCAGGGAGUGGCAUGAAGGCGACGGUUUUUAG